GUCUUUGCCUUCAGCCAAUAGGAAACAUGGUCGCGGGUUCUUCCGCCGGGGCGUGGGGUCAAGGGUCACGCAAGAUGGCGGCGCCCAGGAGCCGCUGAGGCGAGAAGCAGAGGAUGGCGCUGGGGGUGCUGGCGGCGGCCUCGCAGCCGGGGCGCUGGCUGCGCGGGCCGGGGCCGGGGCGGGGGCACUGGACGGCGGCCUGGCGCUCGCGGAGCCGGCGCGAGGCGGCGGAGGCCGAGGCGGACGCGCCCGUGUUCCAGUACGUGGGCGAACGCGCGGCCCGUGUGGACCGCAUCUUCGUGUGGGGCUUCAGCUUCUCCGGGGCGCUGGGCGUGCCCACCUUCGUGCUGCCCGGCUCCGGACCCGGGCCCCGCGCCGGCUCGCGGCCGCUCCGCAGGAUCCAGCCCGUGCCCUACCGCCUGGAGCUGGAUCAGAAGAUUUCAUCAGCUGCUUGUGGCUAUGGAUUCACGUUGCUGUCCUCGAAAACCAAAGAUGUUACGAAAGUUUGGGGUAUGGGCCUCAACAAAGAUUCUCAGCUUGGAUUUCACAGGAGCCGAAAAGAUAAAACGAGGGGAUACGAGUAUGUUUUGGAGCCCUCACCAGUUCCACUGCCUCUGGACAGACCUCAGGACACACGGGUGCUGCAGGUCUCUUGUGGCAGAGCCCACUCUCUUGUCCUCACAGACAAUGAAGGAGUUUUCAGCAUGGGAAACAAUGCUUAUGGGCAAUGUGGAAGAAAAGUGGUCGAAGAUGAAAUUUACAGUGAAAGUCACAAGGUCCACAGAAUGCAGAACUUCGAUGGACAAGUGGUCCAGGUCGCCUGUGGCCAGGACCAUAGUCUGUUCCUGACGGAUAAAGGAGAAGUCUAUUCUUGUGGCUGGGGUGCGGACGGGCAAACAGGUCUGGGCCACUACAAUAUCACCAGUGUACCUACCAAGCUGGGAGGAGACCUUGCAGGAGUGAAUGUGGUCCAGGUCUCCACCUACGGUGAUUGUUGCCUGGCUGUGUCAGCUGAUGGAGACCUCUUUGGUUGGGGCAACUCUGAGUACCUGCAGCUGGCCUCUGUCACGGACUCCACACAGGUGAACGUCCCCCGGUGCCUUCCCUUCUCCGGAGUGGGCAGGGUGAAGCAGGCUGUGUGCGGUGGCACUGGCUGUGCUGCGUUAAAUGGAGAAGGACGUGUUUUUGUCUGGGGCUAUGGAAUUCUUGGGAAAGGACCAAACCUAGUGGAAACUGCUCUUCCAGAAAUGGUUCCACCCUCUCUCUUCGGCUUAACGGAGUUCAACCCCGAAGUCCAGGUUUCCCGAAUUCGAUGUGGACUCAGCCACUUUGCUGCCCUUACUAACAAAGGAGAGCUGUUUGUUUGGGGCAAAAACAUCCGAGGCUGCCUGGGAAUUGGCCGCAUGGAAGACCAGUAUUUCCCAUGGAGGGUGACAAUGCCGGGGGAGCCCGUGGAUGUGGCCUGUGGUGUGGAUCACAUGGUGACUCUGGCCAAAUCAUUCAUCUGAAUCUCUGCUGACCCAGGUGAGCCUGCCCUGGCCUCAGAACCACUGGAUUGCUCAGCAGAGGCAGCCAGCGGGGUUCUGAUGGGGCUCAGAGGGGACCAGAGCCCCCCAUGAAGUGUGACUCUCUCUCCUAAGCCCUUGGGAGGUGCAAACUGAAGUCCGGAGACAUGGUGCCCGCUCUGGUGAGACCUGCCAAUGCAGCACAUCACGGCCCUUUGUCGGGCUGGUCUGCAGGAAGACGGCCCAGGGCUGUGCGGCCAGCAUGGAGAGGAUCUUUACAAUGUCCUGGCUCUUUCCUGGGAGCACAGGACGGCCUCUGGUGUCACGUCUGGCCCAAGAAACUGGUCUUAAGAAAUCUUCCCUCAUGAUGUGCAUUUUGUCUGAUAUUGAAAGGAGAUUGACAGCACAGUGCUCAGGAGGCUUCUGCAGAGCUGUGGUGAGUGUGCGUGUGCGUGUGUGUUUGCGAGUGCCCAGCCUGACUGCAGGACCCGGGCUUGCUUUGGCCUAGGGUUUUCAUUCAGGUCCCUCCGCCCAAAGUGGACCCUGAAAGCCAGCUUGCUGGUGGGACACAUGCAGAAAUCCUUUGCUUGGAUUGGGGUUCUCCCUGAAAAGACAAUGGGCACCAGCUCAGCACCCCAUGGGCUCCUGGCUGUCAGCACCUCGUAACCAUUCUCACAGCCUGGCUGGGAGAAGUGGAGGAGCCACCAGGGAAGAUCGAGGCCAGAUUCCUGGGGCUGAGGGCUCUGAACAUCCCGCCAAAGCUGGCUGCAGUGCCAGUCUUGGAGAAGAGUCAGAAGUUGUGGAAAACAAAGUAAUGUCUUAUUCUUUAAAAAGAUCUUUU